CUCACUGACAUUUCCCAGUCGAGGACUUCUGCAUAUCCGCACUCAGUAGGAGACGCCUUCGACCCAUUUGUCCUUUUCUAAUAGGGAGCAUCUUGUCACCUUUCCAGCAUUUUCUGUUGCAAAAGCUGGCAACAGGAUGUGACAGUAACACUACGUCUUAUUGCAAUCCAGCAUGGUUUAUGGACCAAACGGCUUUAAUGAGGUUAAUGAGCUUAAGGACAAGUUGUGGGAGACGCGUAAUAGGGAGUACAUACAGCAUCUAAUGCUGCAAAAGAAACAGAUGCAGGCGCAAACUCAGCAAGCUGCGGAGCAGGAGCAGAGGCUCAAGGUCAAGCUGGCACGUAGAGUUCUUGGCCCCAGCUUUGACAAACUGUACCCACGACGUGCAUCCCGCGUCAGCCUGAGUGUCGACAUAGGCGCUGCCAAUAAUACAUCUGAUGGCGAGUCCGGCGAAGGGAUGCGCCCUCCGAACGGCUACCAGCCAUCUGGCUCAGACUGGGCGCCUACUCCUUCAGCACACGCACCCUCUGCUGCACCAACGCAGCGUUGCGACAGCCCCUCACAAGUCCCGAAGCUUCCUCCUUUACCCGAUGCGACUGUAGAACUUACACCUGCAACAUCCGCCAGCCACCAUCACACUUCUGACGGCGCUGUUGGAGCCAUCGCUGACGUCAGCAGUACAACACCAGAUGCCAACCCUGCCGCCGGUGUCGCCUCUUCAAUGCAGGCACCCAGCGGUGCCGGCGGCGGAGCCGCCGGUGGUCAGAUCCAACAACGUACGUCACAUGUACGACAUAUGGGUGUCGCCGGCGCCAGCGGUGGUGGCGGCGACAGCAUGCAACGACGGCCGCACCAUUUGGGCCCCCGGAGGUCGCUUUCCAUGAGCACCACAGCGCCCUCGAGCGGGGCCCUUGGCGGCAUGCUGCCGAGUCCUGCCGACGGAGACGGCGGUGGCGCUGGCGGAGGUGGCGGAGGCGGUAGCGUGUACGGCCGUACGUCACCACAUAGAUUGCUGCAUCAGCAGCAGCGGCAGCCGCACCCUGAAGGCCUGGGCCGGCGACGUCGCAUGACGUACUCUAACGCCCGCAUGCAACCCCUCCAUUCAACCCAUAGCAACGGCAACGGCAACAGCGGCGGGAACGCCUUAGGUGCACUCAGCGGUGGCCGUCCGCGCUACCAUUCCUUAGCAAAUCCAUCCCCGUCCUCCUCCUCCGCAGCAACAGCAGCAGCGGCGGCGGCGGCAACAGGGCAGGCAUCCUCAUCCUCACCCUCAGCAGCGUCUGGAGCCGCCAACGCCACCACCGGCUCCGCAGGAGCCCCACCGGCACGUCCCUCCGCCACCCUUGCAAAGAUGUACGGGGCCGGCGGCCUGCCCGCGACGCCCGGGGGCUACGCGCAGUGGCGGGCGCGCAUGCGGGUGCCGGAGGGCGUGCGUGUGUUUUGCAUCAGCGGCUCCGGAGCGCAUUCACAGGGCAUCCGCGCGGGGCUGCUGGCACGCGGGUGGUUUGAGAAUCCCGACCACAACUCGCAGUUCUUUGACUUCAAGUGGUCAGCCAACCCCCUUGACAUCUCGCACGAGUCUCUAAAGCCGGGACAGAUCGUGAACCACUUCCGGCACUCCACCUGUCUCACCACCAAGCAUGGGCUGUGUCACACGGUUCGUGACAUGGUGUGGUACGAGGCGGCGGAUGCGGCGGCCUUUUACCCCAGGGCGUACGACAUUUCCGAGGAGACCUCUCGUCAUGAGUUCCUAAAAGACGUCCGCUGGACCGCCGCUGAGUCGCUGAUCAAGCGCGCGCUGCUGGACGGGGCUGUGUGCGCAGCCCAUGUGCCGUACAGCCCUACCGCUGGGACAAGGAAGGGCGGCGCUAACGGCAGCAACAGCAACAGCGGCGGCAGCAGCAGCAACCACCACCAUCACCACCACAGUAACAACGCGGCACAGCAGGCCAAGGUAGCGGUAGCGGGUGGCAACACCGCCCCCAGUGAUGCUAGCUCCAUGCCACCUGCGGCAACAGCAGCAGCAGCAGCAGCUGCAGGGAGGGGGAGCGAGGAGGCGCCGGCAGCUGAGGAGAACCGGCUGCAGCAGCGGCCUGACAGCACGCCUCUGGUAGACUUACCGUCGCUGCGGCUGGCUUGCAGGGUGGUCGCGGCGCGCCUUCGUCAUCAACGGCAUUUGCGAGUUGUACGACAUGGCAUCGCCGGCGGCGGUGGCGGCGACGAGCCACCAGCGGAACUCGACCUGACGGCGGCGCAAUGGCAACAACUAGUACGGCAUCGCGCGCUAUUCUGCAGCGCGCCAGUGCCGCCGCCGCCGGAGUUUGAUCCCAGCUGGAUCUCAAAUCGUACAUUCAUAACGAGCGCCAAAUUGCCCAUUGUGCCGUCACGGCACGGCAGAGCUGGCGCCGGCGGCGGUGGCAGAAAUGAUGGCUGUGGCGGCGGACGGAAAGGUCGGUCGUCAUCGUCGCGAUCCGGUCGUCGUGGCGGCGCACAGCGUCGCCGUCGAGGUGGCGGCGGCGGCGGUGGCGGCGGCGGAGAGACUGACGGUGGCGCGACUACAGACGGCGAGACGACGACGGCGGCGGCGGGGGAUAGCAGCAGUGACAGCGACGGCAGUGAUGACGGAGGUCGUGACGGCGCCGCCGUUGAGGGAGGGAGGUUGAGAGCUGGCGACGCCGAUGAUAGCGCCGGUCGCCCGGCGUCGGAGACGGCCGCUGCCGCCGCCGCCGCCGCCCCUACAGUUGCAAACGGCGCUAAAGGCAGCGCUGCCGUCGCUGUGGCCGACGCAGCGGAUUUGCUCCGAGAGGUGUGCGGCCGUACGAAGCGGCGGCGGCAUUCGGCGCCGGCGGGCGUCGUUCCCUUACCGACGGCGGGUGACAGUACGGCAGGGGCAGCGGAGGCGGCGGCGGAGGAGGGGGAGGAUGGGAGUGUAGGCGCCGUCGGCUGCUUUCCUCCGGACCUGCCGCCCGUAUGCUACGACGAUGCAGCGUUGCAGGCCCUGAACGAAUCCAACUGGCGUCCGGCUGCGGAGGCCAUCCUGUCAGCGCUAGAAAGCAGUGCCGUACAAACCCACAUCUCCGGAACCAACAACAUCUGGAUCGUCAAGCCGGCGGGCAAGAGCAGGGGACGCGGCAUCCGGCUGUUCAACGACCCGGAUGCCUUGCUGUCGUACACACGGGGUGAAGAGGCGCAGGGGCUGGAGUCGCGGUGGAUAGCUCAGAAGUACGUGGAGCGGCCCCUGAUCAUUUCGGGACGCAAGUUCGACAUCCGGCAGUGGGUGCUGGUAACGGAUUGGAACCCGCUGCAGGCCUGGUUCUACUCCACCUGCUAUCUGCGCUUCGCCGCUGACGACUACGACCCCAGCAACCUGGACCUCUUCCAGCACCUCACCAACAACUCCGUGUCUAAGUACUAUGAGGGCCCUAAGAAGGAGGAUGAGAUCACCGCCUGCGGCAACAUGUGGACCAUCCCCCGCUUCCAGCAGUGGCUGGCGGAGGAGUACGGCAGGGAGGACCUGUGGCAGGCGUUGCUGCAGCCCGCCAUGAAACACAUCGUCAUCUGCACACUCAAGUGCGCGCAGGACCUCAUCACCCCACGCAAGGGCUCCUGCCAGCUGUACGGCUACGACUUCCUGAUUGACGACCAGCUGCGUGUGUGGCUGCUGGAGGUGAACUCCUCACCCACUCUGGAGGCGUCCACCGCCAUAACGGCGGAGCUGUGCAGGGACGUGCAGGAGGACAUCCUCAAAGUGGUGGUCGAUCUGCCAGAACGCCAGGCGGCUGCAGCAGCAGCAGCGGCAGAGGGUGCUGGCGGAGAUAGCAGAAUGGGCAGCAGCGGGGUGAGGCACAGCAGCGGCAGCGGCAGUGGCUGCGCUGGGAGCAGCAGCAGUGGCAGCAGCAGCAGCGGUAGCAGCAUGUACGACACGGGCAAAUGGGAGUGUAUUGUGGAGGGCGGCGAGGAGCUCCGGAGGCCGGACUACACGGGGUUGAACCUGGAGCUAAAGGGCACGGCGAUUCCCUUCCCCACCAAUCGCACUAGCUUCGUUGGACGCCUGCACGCGGCUACGCGCCAACAGCAACAACAGCAACAACCACAACCGCAGCAGCAACAGCCGGCGGCGCAACAGCAACAGCAACAGCCAUCCCCGUACCUAGAGGGUCGCAGCAGCGGCGGCAACACAAGCGGCAGCGAUGGCACUGCCGCCGCCGCCGCCGCCGCCGCCGCCGCUGCUGCUGCUACUGAUACAUUCUCCCACGGCCGCAGACCGGCACAGUCGGCCGCCGCCGCCGCCGUCACCAUUCCGUACGGUACGACACCGCGUGGAAUUGCGUUGAUGGCGUUAUCCCCGGUUACAUCGUUACCAGUGGGCGGUUUGUACCCCGAACCUUCGCCGUACAACCGUAGCAGCGGCGGCAGCCGCAGCAGUGGUGGCGGCGGCGCCGCCGCCAGCGCCGCCGCUACCUCUAUCGGCGUUGUUGGAAGCCUGCUUAGUGAAGACGAUUACUUUGGGGAAGUUGGCGCCGCCUUUCCCCCCGCCAUCAUCGUCGCCGCCAGCGGACCUUCCCUCACGGCGCCGCCGCCGCCACGGCCGUACACAGGCGGCGGCAGCCCUGGCGGCGGAGGCAUGCUGACGCCGCCCUCGUCGCGCGGCAGGUCGCUAUCGUCCCGUCAGCGAACGCCUCGGUUGAGUAGCUACACCCCGCUGUCAGCUGCAUGGGAGGCGACAGCGAUGUCUUGGCCGGAGCUUAUCGCGGGCGGCGGGGAUACUGGCGGCGGCGGCGCCGCCAGCGGCAGCGGCACCGGCGGCGGCGGGGGCACCAGCAGAAGUAGUGCCGGCAGUAUCGGCGUCGGGCCAUUGGGCAUCCCAUCUGUACGAAUAAUGGCGCCGAGAGGGGACCUAGCGAUGGCUGCAUUGUCGGGCGGGACGGCGGCCGCCGCUGCCGUGGCGGCGGCGGCAGCAGCAGCAGCAGCUGGGAACUGCUCUCCGGCGCCGCCGCCGUUUGAGUUCAUGACCCCGCUAGCGAGUCGAGCGUCGCUGUUCUCCCGACCUGGCCAGCCCUCAAGCGCCAUGGGGGUUAGGGCGCGGUAGGGUGUUGGAAAGGCUACUCUGAACGACCCCUGGGUCACUCGGAGCUACUUUGAGCUACUUGGUUCCUACUUCGAGUCCUUCCGGUCCGUGUCUCUUCGUACAACUGACCGCAGGGGCCGUCAUAAUCAACAUGAGAGGAAUACCGGACGAUACCGGGAGUAAGAAACAAGUAUUGGACGAGCAUCGCAGGCUGCGCGUCCUGUUGGCAUCCAGGGACACAUGUAGUUGCCUGUGUACGGGUAUGUUGCCUCCGUUAUCAAGGCAGGGUUGUGAGCUGCUCGGCGGUAGCGUCCUCGAACCGGUAUACUAACAUGUUUUUACGCUGGCAUGGCCUGUUUAGGAUGGUUGGUUGGUUGUAAGGGCGGUGGCAGCAAGGCUGCUGUUAUUAUUCCACGCAUGGUAAAUGGGCAUUUGCAGGAUGUGGAGGACACUACUAGGAGUCCAGAAGGUUGGACGGCUUGCAUGUAUGCUAGCUAGGGAAGGCCAGCAGUUGAGGUUGGAUGUUAAGAGGUGCGUGCGGCAAGCACGCAGGUGUCCGUUAAUUGUGUCGACAGUUGAAGCAAUGGUGUGAAGUUGCGUGACGAGAAGAGCUGUGAUAACCCUUAACGACAGUCACAUUAGUUUUGCGACUCUUACCUCAUCAUGCAUAUGCAUUGGGAUAAAUGCUUAUCAUACAUUUCUCAUGUACUUAAGAGUGCUUGGUGUAGGCGUGCGUGCUUCGGCUUGCCUUCAGGCUUCGGCUCAGUUGGGCAUCAUCCCAAGCAUACCAUGUAAUAUGAUAGCCCAG